AUGGGAUACCGCAUCCGCGAAAUCCCACGUUCGCGGAAGGGGAAGAGCUAUGAGAACAAGAAGCGGCGACGGGGGAGGCCAGCCGGGCAGAGAUCUGCAGAUGACACACCCCUGAGGGAUGGGAACAGGGACAGGCUGAUUGGACUGCUGACGGAGCGGGCCGCCCGCACUUUGCUGUACUACCUGUCAGAAACCAACCAGCACCUCUACUACUGGUUCGGUGUCUACAUCAGAGACAACCCCAUACCCCGGAAUGGGCACUGGGAUGAUGUCAGCGGGGAGACGUUUCUGCGCAACCUGCUGUCGAGGGGAAUAGAGCGCGCGCAAUAUGACCUGGGCCAUGACUCGAUGUAUGCCCACUUUGGAGAGUGCGGCGUGGACCCCAGGAACCUAGCGCAGCGCAUCAUGGAUAUUCGCACGCAGAUUGCCAAGGAGAUGACCGAAGACCUGAGCAACAUAGCGGAGGAGAACUCGCUGCUGAUGCGCGAGACGCUGGUCACAGCCUUCUCUCUGGACAACGUAGUGGAUCAUCCUCUGAGCCAGUGGGAGGGCACGCCGUCAGGCGGGGGCCCCGAUGACUCACCUCUGCAGCCCUGA